UUAUUAAGCCCCAACACUGAAUCUUUAUGAACUCAAGUGCUAACACCAAUGAUUUCAUGGUUAUGACAGGGGUGGACUGACAACUCAUGGGGCCCCCGGGCAAUAGGGGAUCAUGGGGCCCCUGUGUCCUUGCCCAAACUCAAAAAAAGCCUAUGAAAAAGAUACCAGGGGCAUCUCAUGGGGCCCCCUACUGAACCUGGGCCCUCGGGCAGUGCCCGAGUUUCCAAAUGGUCAGUCCUCCCCU